AUGGACAUACAUCGGUGCCGCUUUGUACCCUAUCCACCACCAUCAAUCAGCGCCGUCGCGUUCUCACACCAGUCCGACAUUUCGAGACAAGCCCCGAAAGACCUUCGACUGGCAGUUGGGCGCGAGAAUGGUGAUGUUGAGCUGUGGAAUCCUGACAAUGGACGAUGGAGUCAGGAAUCGGUCUUGCGAGGCAGCGUCGGGUCCUCGAUAGAUCAGCUAGCAUGGACACAAGAUAUAACAGUUGAAGACAACGGAGACCGGAGGUCGAUCAAGGCAGGAAGACUGAGGCUGUUCAGCAGCGGCGCCGGCAUUAUCUCAGAAUGCUCAUUGUCAGCUGGGAGUCAGGCUCGGCGGGCAGACAGCAAUUUCGGCGAGGUUUGGUGCUUUGCUGCUCAGCCGCCGUACAGGGCAUCAAAGAGUGAACAAGUUCCAGAUGACAUACCAUCUCAGCUACUGGUCGCUGGCUGUCAAAGUGGCGACAUUGUGCUCUUCUCAACGACUGAUGGCGAGCUUCGCUCUCAGCAAUUGCUGUGCCCCGCGUCGACCAAGAAAUCAAAAGUCCUGAGCAUCACAUGGCGAGAUCGGAACACUGUCGUGGCAGGGUACGAGGACGGCUUGAUUCGUGUCCUCGAUAUUCGAAGUAGGAAGGUUCUCCGUCAGAUGUCGCUCGGGAAGACCUCAGAGGGAAGCACCUGCGUUGUCUGGUCUGUCAAAUGCCUGUCGGAUGGGACCAUUGUUUCCGGAGACUCGUCUGGCGAGCUCAAGAUCUGGGACGCCAACAACUUCUCUCUGGUUCAGCGACUCAAGUCUCACCAGGCUGAUGUGCUUGACAUCACAUCAAAUGUCAAAGGAGACCAGAUAUACUCAGUCGGCGUAGAUCGACGUACCGUGGCGUACCAGGCAAUUCCCAUGCAACCCGGCCAAAAGAAGCGGAAAUGGGCCGAGGCGAUGCAUCGACGGUACCAUGACCACGAUACCAAAUGUGCUGCAAGCUACGAGAGUCAAGGAUUUAGUGUGCUCGUGUCAGGUGGCAUGGACGCUUCGCCUAUGCUGUUGCCGAUGAGGAACUGGCAAUCAGAGAAUCAUCGAUCGCUUCCACAUCUGCCACAACAGCCGCAGCUGUCGACAUCCAGAAACCGGCUGCUGCUGACAUGGUGGAGCAACGAACUUCACAUCUACGAAGUCCCUCCACGGCAAGACGAUGGAGAAUUAUCGCUAGCAAGAGACGACUAUGACUUACUGACGACGAUCAGAUUGAAAGAUGAGCAUCACAUCCAGUCAGCACAACUGUCGCGCGAUGGCCGAUACAUCAUUGCUUCCACUUCCAAAGCCGUGCGCUUGUUCCAGGUGCGGAGGUCUGUGGUCGAUGGCAUAAGUAUUGCAAGGUCACGGUCCGUGCAGCUGCCCACGCCACUACAGGACCAUGGCGCUCGCCAUGUCGGCAUAUCACCUGAUGGCCGAUGGUUAUUUGCAGUGCGCUUUGACAGCACUGUGAUCGUCGUCAAGCUACUGGCAGGGUCUGAUCCAAAGUCGGCUCCCACCAUACAUGCACAAAUGGCGCGCUUGUCACCUACCUCAAGCGAAGACGAUGACGAGCGCUUCGGGAACUACAUAAAUCAGAUCAGCACCGUUCAAAUGUCUGCAGACUCGCGUGUGCUGGUGACUGGCGAUCUAUCUGGCCAUAUCACUGCGUGGACGCUGGAAGGGCACGAAGAUACAUCGACUACAUUGGACGCACCUACCGACAAAUCUUCAAAUUCAUCCUCGUCUGGCUCCUCUUCUUCCGAUUCCGACGACGACGAAGACGACGACACACCCACUAUUCAUGCCCAGCGGUGGACUCGGGCCGCCACGUUCCCACGCCUCGACUCAUCCAUCCUGUCACUUUGUAUCCGCCAGGCGGGACCAUCGCCCAACACCUCGCCUCAGUCCCCUAAACAGCCCACCAACAUUGCUCUGCACCCAACCCGUCACAACCCCCAUCCAUUAGCCAACGAGCACCCAACACCGAACACCACCAUCCUCGCUCUCACAGCGGACCAUUCCCUCGUCGAGCUGUCCGUCAUCACAGGCAAACUGUCCGACUGGUCCCGCCGGAACCCUUCAAGCCUCUUACCAAUCCGUUUCCGCAACAUACGCGACCGCGCUAUGGAUAUGUUCCUGCAUGGCAACAGGCUGUGGAUGUACGGCUGCAGCUGGGUAUAUAUGCUAGAUCUUUCACACGACUUCCCUGUCCCAACUACUUCCUCAGACUAUGGUGAGGGCGUUCUUGCUACAGCGAACGAGAAGAAACGAAAACGUAUUACAGCAGCAGCAGCAGCGAAAGGCACUGGCGCAGGAAGUCGCAUCUUGAAUCACCGCAAGCGGCCCGUCAGCGGACUGGCGGCGCCCACGGGCAUCAAAUACAAAGGCGAGCAGGGCAUGCUGGAAGUAGUGGAUCUAGAAGGGAGGAUGGCACCUGCCGAAGACGAUGAUGCAUUUGGGGAAGAGGAAGCCCUUGGUGCGCUCGUCAAAAUGAGGCGGGACGAAGGUGUUGAGGCCAAUGGAACGAGCAGAACGAACGAUGGCAGGAAAGGAUCUGGCCGCAACGGCGAUAACGAAGGAGAAGGUCCGAUAGAGUACGCCACCUUCCGGUACCGCGCCAUCUUCGGGAUCGGCGUGCUCGGGAAUGACUCUGACGGUCUCGAUCUGCCACCCAGGCCGACACCCACGUGA